AUGAAGAGAGGGAAAGAUGAAGGGAAAAUUAUGGAGCCUAUGUUUCCAAGACUUCAUGUGAAUGAUACAGAGAAAGGAGGACCAAAAGCACCUCCAAGAAACAAGAUGGCUCUUUAUGAGCAACUGAGCAUCCCUUCACAGAGAUUCACUCAUAAUACCGUGAAUUUAGUCCCUUCGGCUUCUUCAAUCCAGGGGGGUGGAAAUGAAAGUGGCACAUUUUUCCCACACCAGCUGCCUGCCAGACAUCAGGCUGAGAAGCUACAUAUCCAACAUUCUGAAUUGAGCAGUCCGUUAACACAAGUUGAGCAGAAAAAGAAGUCUCAUGAAGAUGAUUUUACAGUUCCCAUCUUCAUUCAUUCUAAGCCGAGUCAGGACCCUAGUGAAUAUUUUAUUGAUGUUGAAAGAGAAAAACUCCCUCCCUCCAACCCUACUUAUCUUAAUCCAUCAGUGAAAUUUAUGAAAGCCAAUCAGACGAGCUUGAUCGGACACCGUAUGAGACAAGAAAGCAAAAGGCGGAAGGAAGGGAAUUUGAAGGAGUUUGUUUCUUACCAAGAUUCAUUAGUGAAAGCCAUCUCAAAUUCUUCUUCAACAAAUAAGAACGGAGAUCUGCAGAAGCAAAGGGAUGAUCCUGGUAAUAGUAUCGACAAAUUGAAGACCGAUUGCAGAAUACAGUCAGAGCUCAGUGCCCAGUCGCAACCUGCUGGUACUGUGCAUAGUAAUGUUGUUACGAAGAAGCAUGGUACAGACAUAGUGAAAGGAAAUUCGUCUAUUCCAAUGAAGGAUUUUCCAUCCGGAGAGCAGGACAUCAGUAAUGAUGCUGAUACUCUCGUAGACAGGGGUGACAGUGUGUAUGAGACUUCAAUGGUAGAUUCUAUAUCUGCAUACGAUGUAUCACCUGAUGACGUUGUCGGAGUAAUAGGUCUGAAACAUUUUUGGAAAGCCAGGAGGGCUAUUGUUAAUCAGCAAAAAGUUUUUGCAGUUCAAGUAUUUGAGUUGCAUAGAUUGGUAAAGGUUCAGAGAUCGAUUGCUGGUUCACAGCAUCUUUUGCUUGAGGAUGCUGCUUAUUUGGGCAAACCCAUAGAGGCUUCGCCUGCAAAGAAACUCCCACUGGACUAUAAUGUUGAAGUGCCUCUGAAUGUUUCCGAGCGCAAAAGGGUCUUAGAUAAGCCGAGCCAUCCAAUGGAAUGCUCUGCUGAGAAUACUGUGGAGAAGGAAUCUCUUUCUUCUGUGCAAUAUAGUGUACCGCCAUUUUCAGGAAACCCUCCUGCGCCAUCGGUAAGUGGUGCCAACAAUUUUGGACCGUGGUGGUUUAAUCAACCAAAUGGGCACCAGUGGUUGAUACCUGUGAUGACUCCUUCUGAAGGACUCGUAUACAAACCAUAUCCUGGAUCAGCAUUUAUGGGCCCAGUCUUUGGAGGUUGUGGACCCCACAGAUCAACUCCAGCAUAUGGGCUUCCAGCUCCGUAUCAUCAAUAUCACCUACCUUAUUUUCCUCCAGCCAGACCUCAUGGAUACUUUCCUCCGUAUGGCAUGCCACUUGUGAAUCCAGCCUAUUCGGGUUCAUCUGUUGAACAAGUAAACCAAGUUACCAUGCAUGACCAAUUAUCAGCUGACGAAGCUAAUCCUGGUCCGCGACAUCAACAGUCCUUUGAUAUACUGAGCCAGAAGAGCGGCGCUUUUCCUGAAGUUUCUACAUUGUGUGCAUCUAAGGAUAGUGAAUUGAAAGCCUGCACAACAAGUAAUCCGAGUGAAAGUGGAACAGGUAAUGCUAUGGAAGGAAGAAACAUGUUUCAACUUCUCCCCACGUCUCCAAGUCUCGAUUUCCCCGACUGCAGCCCUCGGCCUUCCUUACCUGAACGCACUGCACAAGUGAUCAAGGUUGUGCCUCACAAUGCCAUAACUGCAACGGAAUCCGCUGCUCGAAUUUUUAGGUCUAUACAAGAAGGGAGGAAACAGUAUGAUUCAGUUUAG